AUGGGCGUCCACAACGUUCGGUCAACGGACGAGUUUAAACAAACGCUCAAAGACAAUGACGUAGUCGUCGUCGACUUCUUUGCUACGUGGUGCGCCCCGUGCAAAGCAAUUGCACCCGUCUUUGCUCAUUCAUCCGAGCUCGACAAGUUCCAGAACAUCAAGUUUGUCAAAGUCGACGUCGACGAGCUGAGCGACCUGACGCAGGAGCUUGGAAUCAGGGCCAUGCCCACAUUCCACCUCUACAAGAAUGGAGAGAAGGUCAAAGAUCUCCAGGGAGCGGAUCAAAAAGGCCUGAUUGAGCUCUUUGAGAUUGGCGCCGGUGUAUGA